UUUGAAUUAAAUAAAAGAUGGACUGGACUGGAAAACAUAACGGGCCAAAUGAUACAACUAAUGAUGGAACAGUGGUACGACUUCGAGGCCUGCCAUUUGGUUGCAGCAAAGAAGAGAUUGUUCAGUUUUUCCAAGGGUUGGAAAUCGUGCCAAAUGGGAUAACAUUGACGCUGGACUACCAGGGGAGAAGCACAGGGGAGGCCUUCGUGCAGUUUGCUUCAAAGGAGAUAGCAGAAAAUGCUCUGGGGAAACACAAGGAAAGAAUAGGGCACAGAUAUAUUGAAAUCUUCAAAAGUAGUAAGAGCGAAAUCAGAGGAUUCUGUGACAUGCCAAGAAGAAUGAUGGGACAGCAACGACCCGGACCCUAUGAUAGACCAUUAGGAGGAAGAGGGGGUUAUUAUGGAGCUGGGCGUGGAAGUAUGUAUGACAGAAUGCGUCGAGGAGGUGGUGGAUAUGACGGUGGAUAUGGUGGCUUUGAUGAUUAUGGUGGCUAUAACAACUAUGGCUAUGGAAAUGAUGGCUAUGACGACAGAAUGAGGGAUGGGAGAGGCAUGGGAGGACAUGGCUAUGGUGGAGCUGGAGAGGCAGGGUCGGGUUUCCAUGGUGGCGGUCAUUUUGUUCACAUGAGAGGACUGCCUUUUCGAGCAACAGAGAAUGACAUUGCUAAUUUUUUCUCACCAUUGAACCCUAUAAGAGUUCACAUUGACAUUGGGGCAGAUGGAAGAGCCACAGGAGAGGCAGAUGUGGAGUUUGUAACACAUGAGGAUGCAGUAGCUGCCAUGUCUAAGGAUAAAAAUCACAUGCAGCAUCGAUAUAUCGAACUCUUCCUGAAUUCGACUGCUGGAGGUGGUUCUGGAAUGGGAGGCUAUGGCAGAGAUGGCAUGGAUCAAGGUUACGGCUCUGUUGGCAGAAUGGGAAUGGGUAGCAAUUACAGUGGUGGAUACGGAACUCCUGAUGGCCUGGGCGGAUACAGUCGUGGCAGUGGAAAUAGUGGAGGAUACUAUGGGCAAGGCAGUAUGGGUGGAGGAGGAUGGCGUGGGAUGUAUUGAAGGAUAGCCUUGCUUCUGCAAAACAUCCUGGAAGAAACAGUCUCUGGUCUACUAGACUUUCUUACAAAAUUUAAUUUCUUUUGUAUUUUAAGAACUUUAUAAUGACUGAAGGAAUGUGUUUUCACAAUAUUAUUUGGUAAGCAACAGAUUGUGAUGGGAAAAUCUGUUUUCUGUAGGUUUUAUUUGUUGCAUACUCUGACUUUAAAUAAAUUUUUAUAUUCAAACCA